ACUAUGGCGCGGCUCAUCCCAACCUAGAUAACUACGAGUUAGGGCGUGGAACAUACAGUUAUGAACUGCCUUUGUCCGAACUUCCACCACACUAUACCACGCGGUUAUCUAACUUUAAUACGUCACAACCGUUUUGAUAAACACUCUACCGCUGAAGUUUCUGAGGUUCGCAACACUAGUAGCUGCCCGUCUAGCCGUGACUUCUUCUCGGGAUUAUCACUUAGCUUGCCUGUGCGGAUCCACAAAAUGUCAGAUUCAUCGCGCUUCCCCGUUUUUCCACUUGGCGCGCGUGCACCUUUCCGCCGAGCAGCCUAGAACUGGCAACGUAGCUCGCCUUUCAUUACCUCGAACUUAGAAACUCGUGCUCCUGAAGAUGUUGGAAUAUUUCUAUCGCUGCCUGCAUCAGGCGGCAGACGAGCUCGGAACUCCUUUCGUCUUCUCAACCAUGCAGAUGCUGUCGUUCGUCACCUUGCCUCUCUUUCUCCCGGCUCUCCUCCUUUCCACCAUGGCCACUCUCCUCCUCCCUCUUGCGUCCUCAUGGCCUCUCACCUACCUCCGACAAUUUCCGUUAAUCGGCCUUCAUCUUGACAGCAUCAUCGUUCUCUUAGGAAAGCUUUCGGAUAAGAAAUGGUCGACCGAAGCAACUACGAUCUUGUGUAACCCGUCCACGGCGUCUUCGCUGCAUGGAGGGAGAAUUCGCGAGCGGCGUACGCGAUCCUGGGACAAAUUUCUGACGGAUAACAUUCCGGCCACCAUGAGACCAAAUUUGCAUGCAACCGGAUCUGCUGUUAACUCUGACCCCUCUGCUUCCGUGGAACGCGCUUUAUGUCAGUCUCUCUGCCUGAUGACGGAUCUCCCGUCCGGCUCACCCAAGUACGGGUUUAUUCGCAGCGUCGCGGAGGAGCUUCUACGAACCAAUGACAGCUCCAAGGAUAUUAAUCUCUCCGAAGCCAAUCGCCGCGCGCUUCUCCAGGCCUUUUCCCGAACCAUUUCCCGCCUCGAGGGCUCCCUGAAACGCGGCCAGGCCGCCUCGUCCUUCGGCCUAACUCAAAUCCUGGAUCAGGUUUCUCGCGGAGCGGCUGCUGCUGCUGCAGUGGCCGUAGCAGCAAGCGGCGGGGUAGGUAGCGGAAUCAACGGAAACGGCGGAAACGGCGCAAGUGGGGAGAUUCGGCGGUUGUCAGGCGGGAGCGGUGGGGAUAACAUUCAAGCGGAAAAACUUUCUCAGGAGCUGCUAUGGCUGGUGCUGAAGCUUCAGGGUCGGAAGGGGAUUGAAGAAGUGGUGGAGGUUUGGGCUGAGGCUCGGAUGCUGUCCGAGCUGGCAGUGAGAUCUUCCCCCCGGGUGCAGCUGAAUCUCUUGAAGCUGACGUGUAUCGUCCUGGAUUUGGUGUCGUCUCGCGUCGUUUCGUGUGACGUGAAGACGCAGGAGCACCUGCUGCUGCACUGGAUGCCGGUGCUUUGUCAUUGUCCCAACACAUCUGACGGCCUACUGUCCACUGACAGCAACCGACAGAGGACGGAAGAGGACAUCUGCUCAAUCAUUGCUCGCCUGGCUCCUGCAAGCCAGGAGCUGGUGUACGUGGCUUGGCUGCAUGAAUUCACAUGGUCAACCUCUGAUUGGCCAAACCUGCAUCCAGCCUUCCUCCAGUGGUGUGACAGCUCCCGAUCUAACCCUGAGCUAGCUGCUAACAACGGUGAAGCGAGCCAAGCUUUGCAGCAAGCACUUAGCAUGGAAAGUGAGAUUUCUCGGAAUCAAGAACGCUAGUAGCGAUUAUCAUCACACUUUUAGUGUAACUUGAUAACAAUUGUGGCAGGCCUCUGUGUCAAUUUAUACACAUCUUUGUACCGGUAUGUAGAAGUGACAGGCUAGAUAGGUGUAUGUUCUUAGGGGGUACAACUUCAACCCUAUAUCUCCCUUGUUCUCACCUAUUCUAGUCA